AGAAUUUUUUCAUUAAAUAAAAAUGCCACUACGUGGCAAUCCGGCCAUUGAAAUUUCUUAAAUUAGGCAAAAGACAUAUUACUGUUACAAAUUGGAGAGUUCAGAUAUUUUUAUGAUACAUUGAAGAUGGUAUCCCGUCUUUUACUGUUACAAAUUGGAGAGUUUAGAUAUUUUUACGAUACACAUUGAAGAUGGUUAAAAUUCCAAAGGCGAAGAAAAAACAUGCUUUAAUGGCACCGGCGAAGAAGGGGAAAGCGAAGGCCAACUCGGCCGAUUCAAAUAAGCCAAAGCCGUCAGUACCAACUAUACAAAACAAUUACCCGUCGUGCAUCCGUUUCGUGCCUCCCUCCUCUGUUGCCAUCACCAUCCACGCCAAGCCUGGCUCUAAAUCCGCCUCUAUCACGGAUUUCAGUGAUGAAGCUUUAGGUGUGCAGAUAGACGCCCCAGCCAAGGAUGGUGAAGCUAACGCAGCUCUUCUUGAUUAUAUUAGUUCUGUAUUAAGUGUGAAAAGAAGGCAGGUAUCCAUAGGCUCUGGAUCUAAAUCAAGAGACAAGGUUGUUAUAGUGGAAGAGGUAACUUUGCAGAACGUUUUUGAUGCUCUUGACAAUCUUGACAAGGUGUCAAAGGGGUAUUGAUGGUUGGCAAAAUACGAUAUCCAAUUUCUAUUAAGUGAAAGGUAUUAUCAUUAAAUGCUUUAGUAUUACCAUGUAAUUACCGAAGCUGUAAUGCAGAAUUAAUGCUUUACGGGAUCUUAAAGAACAUAUUGGAACAUUUUUUAGAAUUCUGCUGUUGGAGCCUGAAGAAUAUCAGUAUCCAAUGGAAUGGUUUAGCUGCCCUGUAAAUAUGUACCGUUUGAACCUCCCAACCAGACUGUAAAGGACCUUUAAUUGAAUUAACAAGGGAUAAACAGCGGCCCAUUUGAGUGGAUGAA